AUGGCUCGUCAAUUCUUCGUUGGUGGUAACUUUAAGAUGAAUGGCUCUGUUGAGACCAUUAAAAAGAUCAUCGGAUACCUGAAUGAAGCUAAAUUGGAUCCCAAGACUGAAGUAGUUAUCGCCCCACCAGCCCUCUACCUCCUCCUCGCCCGCGAGCACCUCAAGCCCGGCCUCGAAGUCGCCGCCCAAAACGUCUUCGACAAGCCCAACGGCGCCUUCACCGGCGAGAUCUCCGUCGACCAACUCAAAGACAGCAACAUCACCUGGACAUUACUCGGGCACUCUGAGCGCAGGGUGAUCCUGCAAGAAGACGACGUCUUCGUCGCGUCCAAGACGAAAGCCGCGCUCGACGGCGGCAUCGGCGUCAUCUUCUGCUGCGGCGAGAGCUUGGAGCAGCGCGAGAGCGGGAAGACGAUUGAUGUCGUGACGUCGCAGUUGAAGGCUGUGAAGGAUAAGGUGGCGGAUUGGAGCAAGAUUGUUAUUGCGUACGAGCCGAUCUGGGCGAUUGGGACGGGCAAGGUGGCCAGCACGGAACAGGCGCAGGAGGUUCAUGCUGCUAUCCGGGGGUGGUUGAAGAAGGAGGUUAGUGAGAAGGUUGCGGAGGAGACGAGGAUUAUUUAUGGGGGGAGUGUUAGUGAGAAGAAUUGCAAGGAUUUGAGCAAGCAGACUGAUAUUGAUGGGUUCCUUGUUGGUGGUGCUUCUCUCAAGCCUGCUUUCGUGGAUAUCAUUAACAGCCAUCUGUGA